AGUGGUCCAUGACUAAACUGAGAGACGUAUAUUUACGACGAUACAAUCUACGAAGAAGCGCUUUGGAAUUUUUCUUAAUGGACCAAUCAAAUUAUUUUCUAAACUUUACAACAAAAAUUCGUUUGAAAGUAUUGACUUCAAUUUAUAGCGUGCAUCCACCUAAUUUUUCAUUUAAUAGCAGUCGACACCCACAAGACCUUUUACGAAAGUCAGGUUGUACUCAGAAGUGGGUUAAUAGAGAAAUUUCAAACUUUGAAUAUCUAAUGCAACUGAACACUAUAGCAGGYCGCACUUACAAUGAUCUGUCACAAUACCCAGUAUUCCCGUGGGUGUUAGCUGAUUAUAAAUCUGAAGAACUAGAUUUGAACAAUCCAAAAACAUUCAGAGACYUAUCUCGACCCGUGGGCGUUGUGAAUCCCAACAAUGAGGCUGACGUACAAGCCAAGUAUAGAAAUUUUGAAGAUCCAAACGGAGUUAUUGGGAAAUUUCAUUAUGGUACACACUAUUCAAAUUCUGCCGGUGUACUUCAUUAUUUAGUUAGGGUUGAACCGUUUACUUCUCUACAUAUCGAACUUCAAAGCGGAAGAUUUGAUGUAGCUGAUCGACAGUUCCAUUCAAUCGCACAAACUUGGAAACUUUUAAUGGAUACACCAAAUGAUGUCAAAGAACUGAUACCGGAAUUUUUCUUUUUCCCAGAAUUUUUAAAAAAUAUGAACAAAUUUGAUCUGGGUCGUUUACAAUCAUCUAAAACAAGGAUCGGCGAUGUUAUACUCCCUCCUUGGGCAGACAGUCCGGAAGAUUUCAUUUACAAACACCGAAAGGCUUUGGAAUCUGAAUAUGUGUCGAAUCAUCUUCACGAGUGGAUUGAUUUAAUAUUCGGAUACAAGCAAAAAGGUCAAGCUGCUGUAGAUGCUAUGAAUGUUUUCUAUUACUGCAGUUACGAGGGAGCUGUUGAUCUAGAUGCGAUUGUUGAUCCGAUAGAAAGAGAAGCCGUGGAAGGCAUGAUCAAUAACUUUGGACAAACCCCGAGUCAAUUGCUAAAAGAACCUCAUCCGCUAAGACUGCCGUUAGAUAAAGCGUUAGAAAAAAUGAUGAAAUCGGACCACAAAAAGCCAGAUCUUACAAUGAUGCUGUCAGAAUUGUCCACAUUUUACGUUGAGAUAACAGACAGUAAACACCCAAUGGUUUUUUUGAGUCCGCCUAGGUCGGGGACUAAAGGAUUAUUACAGACGUUCAUGACUGACGAUACUUUGGUAACAGUGUGUGAUAACUCUUUGAUCGGCAGACACUCGUGGUUGCCAUACGACAGACAUUCCAAUAAGGGGUUCACGCUUGAAGUGGACCAAUCGCACAUUUUACUCAAGGGCAAAAAAGACCCAAACGCAUAUCCAAUGAGAUCGUCCUCGUACCAUCCGUCCAUAGAAAUGAAUAGUCACUUGUUUGCCGUGUCACACGACGCCAAAUAUUUAUUCACCGCUGGUCAUUGGGACUAUAGCGUAAAAACGUUCAGUUUCUCAAAAAACAAAUACGUUUCGUCUGUCAUAAGACAUUUUGACGUUGUGACGUGCUUGGCACUAGACUCCUGCGGUUGGUAUAUGAUAAGUGGCUCGAAGGAUUGCACUUCAGUCGUGUGGGACGUUUCAAAUGCUAACAACACGAAUCCUAAACCAUUCCAAACGCUUCUCGGACAUGAUUUGCCCGUCACCUGUGUGGCAAUAGCUACGGAACUGGAUAUGGCCGUUUCUGGUUCACAAGAUGGCACCGUUAAUGUGUACAGCAUACACCAAGGACUUUUGGUCCACUGUCUAACCCCUCUGGGAUGCGUUUCCCCUCCGUCCAUCAUAACAUUUGUGACAAUUUCAUUUCAAGGACAUAUCGCUUUUUCGUCCAAAGAUAAAAAAAACCAUUCCGUCCAUAUAUUCAGCUGCAACGGAGACAAUUUAGGUUCAAAAUACGUUGCAGCUCAAGUGACUGGUAUUACAACUAUAAGUGACUGUUUAGUGGUGGUCGACGAUGCAGGAGAUCUAACGCUAAGCAGACUAUUAGGUCUGCAUCCAGUCUACGACGUCCCUCUGCACAUUCCGAUCCAAACGGUGGUGGCGACGCCAGGCAACACGCACUUGUUGGCGCCGCUGAGAGACGGAAAAAUCGCCGUCAUCGGAUUGCCAAAUUCAAACAAUAAUUGAUCAUCGUCGCAACAUCUCUUCUCGUUCGAUUCCGUUCAAACUMAAACAUAAUAUCGUUUUUAUUAUAGACAUUUUAUUCUUGUUGUAUUAAACGUUAGCUCGUUAUUAGUUUUAGAAUUUAUUAACAAUUUGUAUCCAUUAUUUUAUUAUUAUGAUAUAGGAAUAAA